AGCGUAUCGUCUGCCGUACUGAAAGCGUCCAUAGCAGCCACGGGGAUGUUGACAACGGGAAUCCAUUAAUAGUACAUCCGAACUGAUAUUUCAGUGCAGUAAGGGUGGUUUGGUGAUAUUUAAAUGUUUUACAGAGUGUUAAGGGUGUGGAAAUGACCUCAAACAACCCAGCUGUUUUUCUUCUCAUGGUUAAUGGACAAAUCGAAGCAGCCGAUUUCCCAGAAUAUGACGACCUUUACUGCAAGUAUUGUUUUGUCUAUGGACACGACUGGGCGCCGACGUCAGGCUUGGAAGAGGGAAUUUCUCAAAUAACUUCAAAAGGUAGAGGGUCUCAGAGUCUGGUAUGGAACUUCCCACUGGACAUCACGUUCAAAAGCACAAACCCAUUUGGCUGGCCCCAGAUUGUGGUCAGUGUGUAUGGCCCCGACACUUUUGGGAAUGAUGUUGUGAGAGGUUAUGGCGCCGUGCACAUCCCAUUUACACCUGGAAAGCACACCAAGACCAUUCCCAUGUUCGUUCCGGAGUCUACAUCAAGACUUCAGAAGUUCACAAGCUGGCUGAUGGGAAGGCGACCAGAGUUCACAGAUCCCAAGGUUGUUGCCCAAGGAGAGGGAAGAGAAGUUACGAGGGUGCGCUCACAAGGGUUUGUUACACUAAAAUUCAACAUUGUGACUAAAGACAUGAAGAAACUGGGUUAUGAAACGACAUCAGAGCAUUCAGCUGCUACAGGACUGACAAGAACAUCUCAGCAGCUCUAAUAACCACUUUCAGGAUAUUUUUGUACCUUUUUGUAAUCUUAGUCCCUUUAUAACUAUGCCCAAGAUAACAGCUUUGUAUGGGUUUUAAAUACUGAUAUUAAAAACUGAUUGUGCAUAAAUUGGUUCAUAUUUAAUUUGCAUAAAUUCAGAUUCUACAGAAUCUCUGACCAUUUUAAACCUAAACACCAAAUAUCAUUAACUUUGGCCUCAGUAACUAAAACAAAAAAAAAACAUUUAACUGAAACAUUACUGAAAUGAAAUGUGAAAAAGUUUUUAUUUUAGCUAACUGGCCAAGGCAACAGUUUUCACUUUUGAGUCUAUAAACUGAAAUGAAAGGAAAAACUUUACCGAAACUAGAGCUGCAAAACUACCAAAUGUGAUUAUUGUAUUCAAAAUAAAAGUUAAUGUUUAUGUACUAUAUUUGUGUGCGCUGCUUAUAUUAGGUAUACACACACACACAAAAGUAUAUAUUAAAGACAAAUGUGUUAGAUUAUAAAUUAUAAAGAUAAAAAUGCAUAUUUUUUUAAAC